GUCUUUUUUCUUACUCAUUAUAGGUCUUUGCCUGCCAUGUUUGUGACCAAGGUUACUUUUGGCCUGUUGGCCCUGCUGCUGGUCUUCUCAGCUGAGGGAAAGGUAAUAGUUGAGGACAAGUCUGCUGAGCUGUCUGUGUCUGAACUGCUGCACAGAGCCAACAGAGGCAUUGUUCCUAAACCCGAUGAGCCCAAGCUAAUGGAUGACAUUGCUGUGAAUGAGAGAAAUGCUGAUCCCUGCACCUCCUACGGCUGCCUCUGGCCCAAAUACAGCGACGGCAAGAUUUAUGUACCUUAUGUCAUCGCCAACCACUACUCUUCCCGUGAGCUGGAGAUCAUCCAGCGUGGUCUGGACUCUUUCUCCUACAGCACUUGUAUCCGCUUCUUCCGCCGCAGCAAUGAGAGAGACUAUAUAAGCAUUGAGUCUCGCAGUGGAUGCUACUCGUAUGUUGGUCGUCAGGGUUAUGCCCAGACUGUGUCUCUGGCCCGUAAUGGCUGCCUUUACCACAGCACUGUGCAGCAUGAGCUGCUCCACGCUCUUGGCUUCAACCAUGAACAGACCCGCAGUGACCGUGACAAUCACAUCCGAGUCGUCUGGGAGAACAUCACUGAUGACAUGAAGUACAACUUCGACAAAAUCAACACCCUGAACCAGGGAACUCCCUAUGAUUACAACUCUGUGAUGCAGUACGAGAGAUAUGCUUUCUCCAAGAAUGGCCUUCCCACUAUGAUUCCCAUUCCUAACAAUAAUGCUGCGCUGGGCACAUCUACUCAGAUGAGCCAGAAUGACAUCAUCAGAAUCAACAGGCUCUACCAGUGCUGAGCAACAGAACCUGUCUUCAGCACCCAGAUUUGCAGCCCAAACUACAACAACAAAAGCUCACUCAAGUAUCAUGUUGACAUCUGUGCUUACUUGAAUCACCAAUAAAUUUUCAAUCAAAGAGAA